UUGAAGAUUUUUUAAUAAAUAUAAUUUAUUAAAUUAAAAAAAAAUUUAUAAUAUGAUAAAUGAAAAUAUAAAAUCAAAUUAAUAAUUAUAUCAGAUUUAAUCCCUUUAAAAUGAUAUUUUCUUUACAUGAAUUAGUACAUUGGUUGGGACUGACAAUUUUUGAAAUAUGGAUAAAUUUAGUUUCAUUAACAAUCUUCACUGUGUUAUUAGCUCUUAAGUUGGAUGAUAAUUAUUUCUUGGGUCACACAGGAUGGUGGAUAGUAUUUUCACCACUUUUUGUUGCAGAUGGUUUGAAUACUUAUUUUUGCGCAAUUAUUUUCAUAAGAAUGCAUUUGGAAGGAAUGACUAAAGCUGCUAUUUUAAGAGCAUUAUGGAGUAUUAUAUUAUUACUUUUAAUAUUUGUGUUUAAAUAUCUUUUGUGUAAAAAACUAUCAGGUCAAAGUCCUUUAGAAUAUUCAGAAGUUUUAAGUCCUAUUUUUAUUCUUUUGCAAUUAAUUGCAGUUAGAGCAUGUCAACUUCAUUGACUACUGCAGAAUAUUAUUAUCUAUAAAUACAAAACUGCAAUAAAAUAUUCAUCUUAACUA